UCUCUCUCUCUCUCUCUCUCUCUCUCUUCUAAGAUCAAUUAUAAGAUAGGGAAGAAGAAAAAAGAAGAUAAAGGAGAGAAGAGUAAGGCCAACUUGAUGGCAUUCUGAAGGAAUUCACUGUUCUGAACGCACAGUAUAAAUAUAACAAUUUUCAAAGGUAGGAAUGGAAGAGAAGAGAGUCCUAUCCCCAUCUUGGUCUUGAGGCUUUGUAUGAUUUUUGGACUAAAGCUAUCAACGUUAAACCGGCAAUGCCAGUUCCUCUUGCCCCAUAUCCAAAUUCUUCAGUACCAUUUACACCACCAAAUGGUGGACAAAACCAACUUGUUUGUUCUGGUUGUCGAAAUCUCCUUCUCUAUCCGCUAGGGGCAACAUCCAUAUGCUGCGCCAUUUGCAAUGCAGUGACAGCCGCACCUCCACCUGGAACAGAGAUGGCUCGGUUAGUCUGCGGAGGAUGUCACACUCUUCUGAUGUACAUACGUGGAGCAACUAGUGUGCAAUGCUCUUGUUGUCACACCAUCAACCUGGCUUUAGAAGCAAAUCAGGUAGCACAUGUCAAUUGUGGGAACUGCCAAAUGCUGCUCAUGUACCAAUAUGGAGCAGGAUCCGUGAAGUGCGCUGUCUGCAAUUUUGUGACAUCAGUUGGGGCUUCACCAAGCACUGAGCACAAGCCUAAUAACUGAAACUAUGGAUAUGGUAAUGAUGGAAAUCUCUGACAUCCAAAACUUCAUCCGCUAAUCUUUCGGUAACUGAGGCAGUAAUGCAUGUACUACGAAUGAAGACUGCUACAUCUCUAUCUCCUCUUCACCCAAGAUGUGUGGAGAUUUUCCCUUUAAUGAAUUCUAUUUCUCUAUUAGCCCCUACAAUAAACAGUUUUGGUAUGCUUGAGGUGUGUAGAUCAUUGUAGGAACAAUAUUCAUGUUAGACUUGGAUGUUCAAGAUACUGCCAUUUAAUUUGGGAUGAUUGUCUGAGUGUGCUUUAUAAAGCACUGUAUAUGUUUAAAUCUUUUGUUUCGUUGUAUCGAGUAUUAGUUUCAGAUUCUGAGUUAUGUAUCCAAUCAGGGUUAUGCAUAUAUUUUCAGAAUUUGGGUUCUCAAUUA